AUGUAUGGCUCACGACGAUACCGCGAAGGCCACGAUUCCCCAGACGGCAUCACAUUCGACUCCGGAUCACCUUCUUACCGCUUCCUGAUGUUACUCACCACGUCCAACACCACCGGCUUCUCUACAUUCAACACAACGAACUGCGGCUGUGUCUCGACUGCCUACUCUCAUCUCUCCCGCUGCACGGUCCUCUCAACAUGUUCCCCACGUAACGGGGUCCGGGCCUGUGCGCCGUCCCUUGCGGGGAGCGGAGAGGCAGGCCUGGACCGUCUCGGCCCCUGCAAAUUCGACGCAUCGGUAGCUGCCUGCCAAGCAGACUAUGAUGUUAGGCAGUCAAUAGGCAGUGUGGAAUCUAUGCAACUCUGCAUUGAGAAGCACUCCAGAUCAGAUCAAAUCAUGCUGCACUCAUUCGCGCGUGAGCACCGCAGUUGGCACAAUGGUCACUUGCAAAGCAGGGGUAUGCAGGUGGAUGCGAGCAUGAAGAAUGGUCAGAACGAAGGACCCUGGAAGCGCCACGAGGGUACCUUGGGUUGCAAUCGAUCUUGCAAGGAGGAAGCCGACGGGGAAGCACUGGGAUCGAACGAAGCUGCCAGUCCUUCUCGUCCAAUCCGUGUUAGUUCGUUGGUGAUCAUGGAGGCACGGAGAGCGGUGCUCGUUCUCAAGGCUCGGGUAGCAGCGGCGAGGAAAUGA